AUGUCGUCGACCAUCAACCGAAUUGGAAGAAGUAGAAAGAAAAGCGGGAGGAUAUUACUAAAGACGGCAUUCAGCAAAUUCACUAAUGAAGAAUCCAAUCCAUUGCUUAUUGAUAUUGAAGAUGAAGACAAUCAAGGAAACGAAACAGGAGAACCUCGGAUUAGAAGAGAAGGACAAAAGAAAUGUGUGGAGGAACGUGUGAAUCGCACACCAGCCAAUUCAAUGCAAAGGGAUCUUAAAGUUGUAGUUUUGAGCUCAGAUUCAAAAGUUUGCUGCAGAAAAGCAAGUGUUUCAAAAUCUAAAAAAAAGAUACAGAAACAAAAAGGUUUGAUUGAAAGUGUUGACAUGACAGAAGAUAAUGAAAUACAUAGGGAAAAUGAAUUGAGAACAAAAAGACGGUUUGAUUGUUGUAAAAUAAAAGUUAUAAUCAUUUAUUGUGUUAAAUAUGUCUUAACUGGAAAACAUAAGGUAACUGUCAAGAAGCUUAAUGAAGAUGAAGACUCUGAUUUUGAAGAUGCUAAACCUGUGCUUAUAAGGAAAAAAAGAAUGCAUUAUACUUCCUUCAAAGAUUAUGACAAAGAAAAUGUGAAGAAAUUAAAAAGACAAAAGAAUAAAGAAGGAAAUGUAGUGAAAGCAAUGAAAAUGCCUAAAGUUGUAGGAAAUGAUGCAGAAGAAGCAAGGCGAAUACAAGUACGAACAUCUCCAAAUGUUUUGUACAGUUGUAUGCAUAACCUUAGCAAGGAACAAGAAGCGUAUAUUUCUUCUAUUGGUCUGGGGAAUUUGUUGAAUAUGAAAGUGGAUGGGUGUGCAUCAAUUAUGGGGCAUUAUACUGUAAGGAAUUUUGAUGCAGAUAGGAUGGUACUCAACCUUCAUCAUGGUGAUAUACCAAUUAAUCGGCAGGUUAUUCACGAACUGUUGGGUCUGCCUCUGGGAAAUGUUACAAUAAAGUCCAUGGCUUAUAGAGAAGUUACAGACGACACGAUAAUUGUUUGGAAGAAACAAUUCGAUGAUGAAGAUUAUAUUAGACCAAGGGCAGUUCAACAAGUUAUUAUGCAAACAACACGUGCAGAUUUACUCUUUAAAGUAAACAUCUUUGUCCUGCUGUGUAAUACACUAGGAGACAAAAAGUGCAUGGAAUCCAAACAACAAAAAAUGAUUCUAUGUUGGGCCAAUUAUCUUACUGCUGUUGCUAUAUGUAGAAAGUGUUCGAUGCGAUUCAGUGAAGAUUGUACGAGGUAG